GAAACAGGACUCCGGCACAAAAUUCAUCGAGACAAGAACUGUUGCGUUAGUGUGCCAUUGCCAUCGGAGCUGUAAGAUAGAAGAACAAAUUUCUCGUGUUCCUUUAAACUUGUUUUGGAAUUAGUAACAUCCAUCGGUUCUCACCAAGCGAGCAUUGUGUUUAUUUAAGUCAAUUGGAUUUGAUUACAGACUAGACGAGCGCGAAAAAAAUGGCUGCUGUUACUGAAGUAGGUGGAAUCAAGCUGGGAAAGCUUCUGAUCGAAGGCAAAACCAAACAGGUUUACGAUGUUCCGUCGCAGCCCGGGCACUCCAUCCUGCUAAACAAAGAUCGCAUUACGGCUCACAACGGAGUGCGAGCGCACGAUCUCGAGGGCAAGGCAAAAAUCUCCAACCAAACCAACGCCAAGGUCUUCACUCUGCUGAACCGUGCCGGCCUGAAGACGGCCUUCGUCCGCAUGGUCUCCGAUAACGCUUUCCUAGCGCGCAAGUGCGAAAUGGUACCGAUCGAAUGGGUAACCCGCCGACUGGCGACCGGUUCCUAUCUGAAGCGAAACCCCGGCGUAAAGGAGGGCUACCGCUUUGCCCCACCGAAGCAGGAAACCUUCUACAAGGACGACGCCAAUGACGAUCCCCAGUGGAGCGCCGAACAGAUCGUGUCGGCUGGAUUCAAGGUUAACGGAGUGUUGAUCGGUCAAGAUGAAGUAGACAUAAUGCGCCAAACUACGAUCCUGGUGUUCGAGAUCCUCGAGCGGGCCUGGGCUAGCCGAGACUGCGCACUGAUCGAUAUGAAAAUCGAGUUCGGUGUCGAUGCCGACGGUCAGUUGCUGGUAGCGGACGUCAUCGAUUCCGACUCCUGGCGGUUGUGGCCAUCGGGCGAUAAACGACUCAUGGUAGACAAACAGGUAUACCGCAAUCUAGCCUCGGUGACGGCUUCCGAUCUGGACACCGUGAAGCGAAACUUCGUCUGGGUUAGCGAGCAGCUGGACAAAAUGGUACCCAGCAACGAUCAUCUGGUGGUGGUGCUGAUGGGAAGCCCCUCGGAUAAGGAACAUUGCGAAAAGAUCGCCCGGAACUGUCGCGAGCUGGGACUGAACGUAGAGCUACGAGUCACCUCGGCACACAAAGGAACCACCACGACGCUACAGAUUGUCAACGAAUACGAAAGCGUACUGCACAAUCUGGUUUUCAUUACCGUGGCCGGUCGAUCCAACGGUUUGGGACCGGUUCUAUCGGGCAACACCAACUAUCCGGUGAUCAACUGCCCCCCGGUGAAGCCGGAAAACGUCAGCUUGGAUGUGUGGUCCAGUUUGAAUCUUCCAUCCGGGCUGGGAUGCGCAACGGUACUGUAUCCGGAGGCGGCCGCAUUGAAUGCUGCUCAAAUUUUGGGCUUGAAUAAUUUCCUGAUCUGGGCUAGGCUUCGAGUUAAACAAUUACAAAAUUUCGCUGGGUUGAUUUACGCGGACAAGGGAUUCCGCGGGGUGCGAAAGACGGAGGAAACUAGUGCUGAAAUGAAAUAGUAUAAUAGGUUAAGAGAGCAUAACAUGCAUAUUUUUUUUUAAAGAAAGUAAUAAAUGAUUUUAAAUAUAUUCAAUAUAUUGCUCCUAAAAUUUAUUAUUGGAGUCGUGAA